AGUGGAGGGAACCUCAGUGACUCUGACAUGUAGCAGUGAUGCUAACCCAGCAGCUACAUACUCCUGGUACAGGAGAAAUGUCCAUACACCCGUCAGUAAAAAACCAACACUUGUCUUCAUGUCCAUCCAGUCUUAUGAGUCUGGAGAAUAUUACUGUACCUCUGAGAAUGAACUGGGAAUGAGGACGUCUGAACCCAUCAACAUUGAUGUGAAAUAUGCUCCAAAACCUCCUUCAGUGUCAGUGAGUCCCUCUGGUGAGAUAGUGGAGGGAACCUCAGUGACUCUGACAUGUAGCAGUGAUGCUAACCCAGCAGCUACACACUUCUGGUACAGGAGAAAUGUCCAUAAACCCGUCAGUGAAAAACAAACACUUGUCUUCAUAUCCAUCCAGUCUUCUGAGUCUGGAGAAUAUUACUGUACCUCUGAGAAUGAACUGGGGAUGAGGACGUCUGAACCCAUCAACAUUGAUGUGAGAUAUCGACCAAAAAGUGCCUUUGUGACCGUGAGUCCCUCUGGUGAAAUCAAGGAGGGCAGUUCAGUGACCCUGACUUGUGACAGUGAUGCCAACCCAGCAGCUACAUACAAGUACCUCUGGUACACCAAGGAUGAUAAUUUUUUUGUUGAAGAAAAGACACAGCUCAGCUUCACAUUCAUUGCACCCACUGACUCUGGAGAAUAUUACUGUACAGCUAGUAACAACCUGGGUAUGAGGACAUCGGACGUCCUCUAUAUAAAUGUGAAAUAUCCACCAAAACCUCCUUCAGUGUCAGUGAAUCCCUCUGGUGAGAUAGUGGAGGGAACCUCAGUGACUCUGACAUGUAGCAGUGAUGCUAACCCAGCAGCUACACACUCUUGGUACAGGAGAAAUGUCCGUACACCUAUCAGUGAAGAACAAACACUUUUCUUCACGACCAUCCAGUCUUCUGAGUCUGGAGAAUAUUACUGUACCUCUGAGAAUGAACUGGGGAACAGCAAAUCUCAAUUGAUCUCCAUUGAUGUGACAUAUCGGCCAAAGCCUCCCUUUGUGUUAGUGAGUCCCUCCGGUGACAUAGUGGAGGGAACUUCAACAACUCUGAUCUGUCGCACUGACGCUAACCCAGCAGCUACAUACUCCUGGUACAGGAGAAAUGGCCACAAUUACAUCGGGGACAACAGACGGCUCAUCUUCAGAACCAUUCUUUCCUCUGAUUCUGGAGAGUAUUACUGUGCAGCGGAGAACAAACUGGGGUGGAUGAGAUCUGAAAAUGUCUUUAUCAAUGUGAAAUAUGCUCCAAAGCCUCCCUCAGUGUCGGUUUGUCCCCCUGGUGAGAUAGUGGAGGGAACUUCAGUGACUCUGACAUGUAGCAGUGAUGCUAACCCAGCAUCUAAAUACUGCUGGUACAGGAGAAAUGUCCGUACGCCUGUCAGUCAACAACCAACACUUGUCUUCAUGUCCAUCCAGUCUUCUGAGUCUGGAGAAUAUUACUGCACCUCUGAGAAUGAACUGGGGAGCAGGACGUCUGAAUCCAUCACCAUGGAUGUAAAAUAUGCUCCAAAACCUCCUUCAGUGUCAGUGAGUCCCUCUGGUGAGAUAGUGGAGGGAACCUCAGUGACUCUGACAUGUAGCAGUGAUGCUAACCCAGCAGCUACAUACUCCUGGUACAGGAGAAAUGUCCGUACACCUGUCAGUGAAGAACAAACACUUUUAUUCACAUCCAUCCAGUCUUCUGAGUCUGGAGAAUAUUACUGUAACUCUGAGAAUGAACUGGGGAUAAGGACGUCUUUAUCCAUCAACACUGAUGUGAAAUACCCACCAAAGUUUCCCUCUGUGUCAGUGAGUCCCCCUGGUGAGAUAGUGGAGGGAGGUUCAGUGACUCUGACCUGUCACAGUGAUGCUAACCCAGCAGCUACAUACUCCUGGUACCAGGAGGAUGAAGACUCACCAAAAGCUUCAGGACAGAACUUCACCAUCAACAACAUUACAUUUCAACACAGUGGCAAUUAUUACUGUGAUGUCCAGAACACCAGAGGACGCCUUAACUCCACUUAUUUACAUUUGAACGUUGUUGCAAGAGCAUGGAAACACAUCACUGCUGCAACAGUUCCUGCAGUUCUCCUGGCUCUCAUACCCAUCUCCAUCAUUGUGUGGAUCAUAAAAGGCCAACCUUCUGAGCGUCAAUUUGAAUCUGAAGAGGACCCGGACACCAGGGAACCGUUUCUGCAGGUAAAACCAGUCGAGGAUGAACUUGGCUAUGCCAAUGUCUACUUUUCAAAAGAACCAGAAGAAGCUCUCUAUUCCACCAUUGGAGCAGCUCAACUCUGCAGGCACGUGAAGCGAAAGCGAGAAGAAGAGAGUAAACCCAGCAGUGCCAGUUCUUCUCCGAGCGUUUGGAUCAAAAGUGAAGCAGCUGCGGCCGAUCCAGCAACUUUGUACAGCUCAGUCAAGAAACCUCCCAAAAAACAAAGAAAGCAGUAUCUGUAGUCCACUUUGAAUUCCUGUUUAUGUUCUUUUAUAUAUUUCUUUUUGAGAUCAGUAUCAUGUUGAAUGUUGUUGACCAUGAAU